ACAGAAUUAUGACUGGUGGGAAAACGAAAAGAAAGCUGCCAAACAGACAGACAGAGAGGCAGACGGGAGCGAUGAUGAGGAAGAUUUCUUCUUCCCCAAAUGAUCCAAUUCCAGCUCCUAAUACUCCUCUAACCCCAACAAACGGGAAUCCACUUUCUUCACCCAAACCCCUCCAACCACACCACCACCCCAUCCACCAACCUUAACCACAAUUACUAUUCUUAUGCCGCACAUCUGAACCCUCCUCAACCGCUCCUAUUCUCUCUCUCUCUCUGUCGCAAUCCGAGCAUUUCGAGGAAUAUGUUUGGGGGGAGUGAUAACAGGAAUCCCUUGCUUCCUGUUUUCCUUGAGCAAGAGGGCUUCCAAUAUGGUGGUAAUGCAUUGCCUCAGCUGCAGUUAUUUGGAGAUGUCCCAGUUGCUUGUGGUGUUGAUCCCUUGAACUACAUGGGCAAUAAGCAUGCAACAGCCACAAACCGACCUAUUAAAAGAGGCAGAGAAACAGAACCUGCUUCUGGACCGCAAAAGUUUCAGAUAUCCACAAGCAAUAAUUUUUUCCAAUAUGAAACUGGCCUUUCUGGAAGAAUUUUGAACCAAAAUCCUGUUUCAACGGGGCUGAGACUUUCAUAUGAGGACGACGAACGCAAUUCUUCGGUGACUUCCGCCAGCGAAGGCAUGAAAGCUUUCCUUCCUGGUAUCGUUUCCCUCAGUGAUAAUCUCAAAAUUGAGAUUGAUCGGCAAGGAGAAGAAAUGGAUCAUUAUAUCAGACUUCAGGAAGCAAACAUUAUGAAGGGUAUAAGAGAGUUGAAGCAGAAACAGACGGUUUCUUUACUAAAUGCCUUAGAUAAAGAACUUGGCAAAAAGUUACACGAGAAACAACUCGAAAUAGACGACAUGAACCGCAAGAACAAAGAACUAACGGAGAGAAUAAAGCAAUUCUCCAUGGAAACCAAUGCCUGGCAAUGCCGAGCCAAAUAUAGCGAGUCUGUAGUCAACGCCCUGAAGAGCAAUAUCCAGCAGGUCGUUGCGCAAGGUGGGGUCCCAGCAAGGGAAGGAUGGGGGGACAGCGAGGUUGAUGGUGCUGCUUCUUACAGUGGCAAGAAUUUCGGAAACCAGCAACAGCAGCUGAAGUGUAGGGCUUGCAAGGGUAAAGAAGUCCGUUUCUUGUUGAUGCCUUGUAGACAUCUAUGUCUUUGUGAGGAUUGCGAAGGGGUUGUUGAUGUUUGCCCCGUAUGUCAGGGCAUGAAGACUGCAAGUGUACAAGUACUCAUGCCCUGAACGGCAUACAGAUACACACGCACGUUUUUCUGUAUUUUGAAAAGUGAACACUUGCAAUCUUCAUUAACUGUGCAUUUUCCCCCCAGUGGAUGGAAGUAUAUGGUGUGCAAUGAGAAAUUAACGGAAUAA